AUGGUUACAACAAAGCAUGGGCGGGGUACAGCCCAAAGUACCCCGUGGGCCUCCUCAUCCGCCUACGACAAAAAGAAGGAUGGGAAACCUGGUGGAACCACUAUUCAUGAAAAUGAAACUUAUGACGGCCAUAAACGACCUGAUAAAAAGUGGAGAAACCAGUUUACGGGUGAUCGAGUUAGGGUCGCGACAUGGAAUGUUGGGAGUAUGACGGAAAGAGCGGGAGAAGUCGUCGAUGUAUUGCACAGAAGACAUAUAGAUGUGUGCUGCAUACAGGAGACUAGAUGGAAAGGAAAUGGGACCAGAAUGAUUGGCAAGACUAACGAAAAGUAUAAAUUCUUUUGGCAAGGAGGUAUUGAUGGUAAGGCUGGAGUUGGGGUAUUGGUUGCGGAGAAAUUGGUAGACAAAGUAGUCGAAGUGAGAAGGCUAGACAACCAGAUAAUGGUUAUCAAGAUGAUUUUUGGUAGAAAGCUAUAUAAUAUUAUCUCGGCAUAUGUUCCUCAGGUUGGAAGAAGUGAAGAAGAGAAAGAUAUAUUUUGGGACAGUCUAUUGGGGGUGACAUCGAGACUGGCAAAUGAAGAGGGGAUUAUUCUGGCUGGUGAUCUGAAUGUACAUGUGGGAGCGAGUAGUGAGGUGAUAUCGGGAGAGGAAUGUAUAAAUCAAUAUCGACUAGUUGUAGGAGAUCUCACUCUUAAAGGUGCCAGGGUCACUAAAAGAAAGUUUGUCCCAAGGCUGAAGGUUUGGAAAUUAAAGGAGGAGAGUGCUAGACGUCAAUUCAAUAUAGCAUUGGCGAUUAGGGAGGCGGAGGUGGCACAAGCAUCUGGAGUGAAUGACAAGUGGGAAGCCAUAAAGAAAGCCUGGGUAAUGACAACUGAGGAGGUAUGUGGAUGGACAAAAGGGCCGCCUAGACAUAAGAAGACUUGGUGGUGGAACCCGGAGGUAGCGAAAGCCGUGGAUGAGAAACGGAGGUGUUUCAAAGUAUGGUAUAAUAGCAAAGAAAAUAGUGAUAAUGAUAUUUACAAGAUGGCUAAAAGAAAUGCUAAGAAAUUAAUAGCGAAGGCUCAAGAAGAAAAAAGACACGAGUUUGCUAAAGAAAUGGAAUGA